CGCCGCCGGCCGGGCGAGGAGCCGAAGGCAGCUGCGUAGGUUACCCAAAGCCCCCAUCCCGCCACCCCCACCCACUCCUCGGUAUCCCGGAGCGGCGGGGCGGGCCGGGUCCCUCCCCCUGCCCCUCUUCACCGCCCUCCCCCCGGGCUUUUAUAAGGCCGCGGAGUUUCCGCGUCCUGUGACUGCAGUCAGGUGGUUGUGGGGCUGCUCUUCACUCUCUUCCCUCCCUCUCUGCUCCGUCUUCUCCCGCUCGCCUUCCCCUUCCCGGCGUGGGUCGGUCCAGCGGGGAGUCAGCUGGGGAAAGUUGGAGGAAAGUUGCUGGCUGGGAAAGUUUAGAGGCGGGAGAGCCGCGGCCCCGGCAGCCCGGCGUCCCCGCCGAGCCCCGCAGCGCUGCGCUCCGCGGGAGGGCCGAGGAUGGCCGGCGGGGAAGGAGCGGGCUCCGGCGUGCCGGAGUGCCGGGAGCAUCUCUUCAAGGUGCUGGUGAUCGGGGAGCUGGGCGUGGGUAAAACCAGCAUUAUCAAGCGGUACGUGCACCAGCUUUUCUCCCAGCACUACCGGGCCACUAUCGGGGUGGAUUUCGCGCUCAAAGUCAUCAACUGGGACAGCAAGACCCUGGUGCGGCUGCAGCUCUGGGAUAUAGCAGGCCAGGAACGCUUUGGAAAUAUGACCAGAGUAUACUACAAAGAGGCAGUUGGUGCUUUUGUGGUCUUCGAUGUCACAAGAGGCUCCACUUUUGAGGCCGUUUCAAAAUGGAAGCAUGAUUUGGACAGUAAAGUAGUACUUCCCAAUGGCAGCCCCAUCCCUGCUGUUCUUCUUGCAAACAAGUGUGACCAGAAGAAGGAUGGCAGCCAGAAUCCCUCUCAAAUGGACCAGUUCUGCAGAGAAGGUGGCUUUGUUGGAUGGUUUGAAACAUCUGCCAAGGACAACAUCAACAUAGAUGAAGCUGCUCGAUUCUUGGUGGAAAACAUCCUUGCCAACUACAAAACCUUUCCUAAUGAAGAGAAUGAUGUGGGGAAACCAAAACUGGACCUAGACCCAUUGAAAGCAGAGAGUAAAUCCCAGUGCUGCUAAUGCUACCACUGUUCAGUAAACAUGAUGGGAUGAGCAGCAAGACUGUUCCUUAAAUCAAACUGCUGCUAUGGUGCUGCGUUGUGACAAUCCAUAUGGGGUGUCUGGUAUUAUCUGAAUAGGUGAUUCUUGUGGGUGUUUACAUGUUCUUGUUUAGCAUGAAACUGAGUAUCUUGUGAGUUAUCACUCCACUCACUUGAGUGGCUGCAUCCAAGUCUGAUUAGUGUCUUCUUACUUGAGAACAUAAGGUAGUGUUUACACUUCUAAAAAGGAACAAAGACAACAUUCAGUGUCUAGUUUGCCUCUAGGACAUAUGCUACAUUCCAAAUAGGACUCACUUGUCAUGGUUUUAGCUGAAUAGACACUUGCACCUUUAAAGUAAACUUUUACUGGUGACAAAGGAAUGUCCCACUUUAGCCUUCUCACCUACACACUUGUCCCUAUUUAUUGUCCCCCACCAUAAGGAUCUGUCUCAUUGCUAGUUCUCCUGGAUCGAGACAUCCCAGAAAUUUUGAAGAGGCCAAUGACAAAUGGGAGGUAUCUAUCUUGGUGUGUUCACUAGGACGGAGUGAAGUAGAUGGCUCUUACCACCGAGUAAGAAUAAUAAUGGGUAAAUGAUUGUACUUAACAGGGGAGAGGCACGGUUAUAGAGAUACUAACAAAAAUGCAUCUCCAGACACUUAAGGCAGAAUAUUUUCAGCUAAUACUUUACAUAUGAAACACAUUAAUGAAUACAGUUGUACUGCUGGCAUGUAGUUAUGGUAACCUCACCCGUAUGCACAUGCAGAGAUAAACAUCUAGUAACUUUUUUCAUGCACUAACACUGAAAACUUUACCAAGAGUGCAAAAAGUAAAUAUCUUACUGUCUUGUGAUGAUGAUCUUGCCUCUUUCCUUCUGUCUUGAGAUGGUUCUGAAUACCAUGAGGAAGGAAAGAGGUCUUGAAGGAAAAAUCUUAACUGGUUCUUCCUAGCCUAUCAACCUCCCCCCCUCCCAAGCUCUAUCUUUUUCAAUUUUAGAACAGUGCUGCACUCUUCUGACUACUUGGAGCUGGUGAACUGGCUUACCAGUUUGUAACUGUAUACUGAGAUGCUUAUGUUUCCUUGUUAUAACUCAUACGUAUUUUUGGCAGCAAAUGAAGAUCAAAAGGAUUAGAGAGAUUUCAGUUCUUGAAUACAUUCUGGAACUCUGGCUCUGCUUGGCUGAAAGGCUUUGAAGCUCCUCUUUAUUUUAAGGGUUUCUUCUGUCCUGGUACCUCACUGCUACUCACUUCAGAAGUCUUACCUUGGUCUGAUGGUGCUGAUGUUUACUUAAACAUCAGUGUGAAGUAUGUGCCAGAUUGGAUAUACUUAAUCUGUAUUGAUAUUUCCUAGGCUGUCUUUUUUUCUAAAGAGUAAUGUACUUUUUAAGAGACAAAUAAAUAUAUUUAGGCAUCUUA